UGGAUCUCCCCAUCAACCAUUCUCCCCGGCCGUUACAGUUCGGUAUACUUCUAAAGGAUUGUUUACCAGUUCGAAUCAAGUUAGUAUGGGAUUCGAAAUCCAAUACAAGUUUACCGAAUGUAUUGAAGCAACGACACUUCACCCGACAACUGUUGUACCCAAAACUACUUUUAUUGAAACAACCACCAUGGAAGAAACUACGACUUACAUGUUGGAAACCACUGCGACAGGAACGACAAAACCUGAGACACAAUCGACAAUAAAAGUGACAGAGAAGCCUACUAUAUCUCAAGGGACGACAACUAAGGCUGGUACAGGCGAUACUAGGUCAACUAAAGGUCUGAGCACGACAACGGUCCUGUUCCUCGUCUCUAUUCCAGGGUUUAUUGGAAUCAUCAUACUGAUUGCGUCUGCGAUUAUUUAUUACCAAGGGAGAAGAAGAUCUGCUGCGCAACGUUUAUACAACAACGAUGGGGUGGGCAUGGAAGAAAUCAGACAAGAGCAAAGUCAAGAACAAGGAACCGAUGAUGGCAAGGAACUGCAGCCAGAACCAACUGAGCCAUCUGCGCUUUAUUCCACGAUUGAAAAACAAACGUAAGAUGACGCUAAUAGGUCGGUACACAUUCGAAUGCGAAGAGCAACCGACUAAAAAGUCAUUAUGAAAGAUAUUAACGACUAGCGUAUUUAGCUAGUUCAACAGACUAUGUAGUCGUUUUCACGUAUUGAAUUUAAUGAAUGUCAUGGCGUCACAUUUUGUCACGGCGUCAUUUUCCAAUUUAUUUACUUUAA